CGUUUGCACGUCUCGAUCGCUGUUUACCCUUGCCGCUCCCACACUGCAGCCUAUCUGAUCAAGCUUCUGCGUCAUUUCGACUCCUCUUGGAUCGGUAUCCCUGGCUGCAGACAUGGUUCGCAAGCAAAUGAAUCCAGAGCAGGAAGCCACCAACUUGCACCUGCGCGCGAACGAGGCGCAGCAACGUGCUUGGAGGGCGAGGAUUCGAAAAGGCGUUGCAAAUUGCCCGAGCCUCCUGCCCAAAAUUAUCAAGCUGAUGGACACACACGGCUACACGGACGAAAGGAUUUCGACGCCAGAGGAACAGGAGAAAAGUCAUCAAGCUGUGGCGGUCGAGCAACGAACCGCCAAGAGACGCGCGGGUGCCGUCCAUAGUGGGUCGGCGGAGGUCCAGAAACCAGAUGACGCGGCUGGGCCAGUUCCGACAAAGUACUGGCAUCUCACCAGACUGAGUCGCAACUUGCUUCGCGAUGAAGUGCUGCCAGGCGCCGAACCCAACAACCUAACAUCAGCCAACCUCCGAGCGUGCAUGGAUAAGUUGGGCGUCGCUGCCGCCCACCAGGAGUAUUUGCACAUUUGGGAGUUUGUGACGGGUAAGAAGUGUCUCGAUUUGAACGGGCCUUACCGCUGGUUCAGUGAGAUCCGCAAGCUCGCUUAUCAGCGUGGCGUCGUUCGAGGCCGUCGCGGGCUGUUGCUGGCGUUGCCGCCCAACUGGCCGAAGGAUGGUCUCUGUGAGAUCGUCGGCAUGUCUGAGUGCGGCAAAAUGGUCGUCGCCAAACAAAAAUUCACCGAGGAGGAGGUAUCCAUCCAGGUGGAGAAGCUUCCAUCGCACCAGACCGUAGAGCAGCUGUGGAUCGACAUGAAUUGGAGCGAGGAGGACAUGGCGAUCAAGAGCACUCAGACGAGCGCAAACGAGGAGGACAUGAAACCGUACGCGCUCGCCAACGACUUCAAGAACCACAUCGUGAAAAAGCAGGCCGACAUUCCAGGUUCGCGCGUCAAGCGCGCCAAGGUGGAACCCAAGGAGGGGCUGCCGGUGUUCACCCCGAAGAAGGCCAAGAUCGAUCUGCCCGCAGACGACGCGGGGGCGUCGCCUAGCAAGCUGGAGCCGGGCUUGGCGGAACCCGCGGGCACCGCACAGGUGAUGAAGGCCUUGAGCAGCGUCUUCGACAUCAGGUCCGACGACGAGAUGGACGAGGGGGAAGGUGACCCCUACGCAACGGAGGAAGCCGCGGGCGCCCCCUCCGAGCUUGACGAACCAGGUCUGGGGGAUGCACGUGCCGUCGAGAAUCAGAGCCCCGUGGAGAUCACUGGAUUUGGCGUCGCUGACGCGGUGUACGACGACACGCAUGAGGAGGUCCAGGAGGAGGCGUCGACAGAGAAGUGAGGCGAGGUGCAAGUUUAUCACGCUUUAGCGUGUGAAUUGUCGGGGGCCCCAUGGUAGAUGUAUGGGUUUGGAUUGUCCGGGUUCCCAGUUGCCUUCGUUAGUUUGGCUGUCUAGGUCCAGGCGUCUCGUGCGGCGUCAAGGGCGGCUGGCCAUUGCGCCAUGUUUGGUUUUUGCGUGCCAGUGCCGAUGCGCGGCGGGGGCGCCGCGUGGCCGCUCAGCGUCCAUGCCCUCGACGCGCCGCAAGGCUGGAGUCGGAGUGUGCGUCUGCGCCGACGGUGCUCAUUUUGUUCACCCUGCCCACUUCGGGGUCCGUUGGUGGCAGGCUGGCAACAUGUUGAUUGCGCGCACAGUGCGUGCAAAUCGUGGGGGCGUGCAGGGGCACCGUAGUUUUUUGCAUAAUGCUUCCUCCCUUUUCAGCGGAGCUUUCGGCUAGUAGACCAGGGGUGCGGUUCGGCCGAUGAGUCGAUGCGCGGGGGAGCCAUCAUCUCAAACUUCACGUUGCGUAA